AUGGAUUCAAAGUUAAGAUUAAGAGACUGGGCAGGGCUUUCUGAUUUGAUACUCCACUCGAUUUUUCACAAGUUAUCUUCCAUCUCUGAUUGCUUACGCUUUAGUGCUGUGUGUAAGCCAUGGUUUUUCUUCGUAUCCAAAAAUUGUGACAUCCUACAACAACGUAUGAAGUCAAGUUCCAUUGAGGAACUUCCCCUACUAAUGAUAUUUGCUAAUCGAGGAUGCAAUUCUUUCAAAUCAAGCUUAUAUAGUGUGGCCAAAGAUACAAAACUUUUAGACCUCGAAUUACCAUUACCUCGCACUCAGAGAUGUUGUGGUUCUUCUCAUGGUUGGCUGGCUUUUCAACAACAUGAUCGUACUAAUAUCUACCGUUACAAUCCUUAUCGCACUAGUAUCUAUCUUUACAAUCCUUUCUCCGGUGAGACAAUCCAUCUUCCUACUCUUAAAUUUCGUGUUAAGAAAUUUAUUCUAUCCAAAAAUCCUACAACCAAUCCACAUAAUUUUGAGGUCGCGGCUAUAUCCAAGUCGUCCUCCAUCGCGUUUAUUUUGGCUAUCCUAAAACCUGGUAGGAAAACCUGGAUUUACAAGCGUCCCCACGCUAGUCCUCAUGAUAUGAUAUAUUAUAACGAGAGAUUUUACGUUUUGACUUAUGGAGGUGGUGUUUUAUCUAUGGAUAACACUACUUUGAAUUUUGAGGAGAUUGCACCUUUUAAUGAGAAAAGUGAUUUCAAAAAAUUUUAUCUCGUAAAGAACACAAAUAACGAGUUGCUAAGGGUUGAAAUAUCUCAUCCAUAUUAUAAUAAGUCAUCAAGUAAGAUUUCCAAGUUGAUUGCAAGCCCUACGACCCAAAAUUUCGUGUUUGAAGAGUUGGACGACUUGGGAGAUGAAGCUUUGUUCUUGUGUCGUCAUAGUUCAAUGUCUGUUUCGGCUUCCAAAUUUCCGGGAUGCGAAUCAAAUUACAUAUACCAUAUGCACUAUAACGAUUCACAGGAAAGUCCGUUGAAAUAUUAUAUGGACAUUAUUAACCUUCAAGAUGGCAGAUUUAGAAGCCGUUAUACUUUCGAGACAUCAAUUGCUGACAGCCUAAGUUGCUCGGACUCUCCAAAAUUAAUGCCGCACCUGCAUUCGAUAUACCAAAAUUACUUUACUUCUGAAGGAUCCAAUAGAUACCGGAAGUACAUAGGCCAUGACAACACUACGCCACCAGUGUUAUGGAUAAUUCCUACCCCAAGAUUUUCUAGCUAG